UCCUUUUCCCUCCUUUACCCCCUGUCAAGCAUAUGAAAACAGACAUUUCACUCCUUUUUGUCUUUGUUUUUCUGGUACAAGUUGUCUUAUGUCAAUAUAAACUCAAGGAUAAUUACACUGGCAAGAAGUUUCUUGAACAAUUCACUUUCUUUCACGAAAGAGACCCUACAAACGGAUUUGUUCAAUAUCAAGACUUGCAGCAUGCUAAAUCACUAGGCCUUGCUUUUGUUAAGGGAAAUCGAUUCAUCAUGAAAGCAGACAACAAGACAGUCGCUCCCCAUGGCCGCCCAUCCAUUCGUAUCCAUUCCAACAAGACUUAUAGCUCCGGUCUUUUUGUUUUUGAUGUAAACCAUAUACCUUCCGGUUGUGGCACAUGGCCUGCUUUCUGGUUACUUGGUCAGACAUGGCCAAACAAUGGCGAAAUAGACAUUAUUGAAGGCAUUCAUAAUGAAACAAGAAAUACCAUUACGCUUCAUACAGAUAAUAAAUGUAGCAUGCAAGGUGUAAAGCAAUUUAUGACAGGUGCUGCUUCCAAAUAUAGAAACUGUGAUGUCCAUGCCUCCGAUCAACCUAAUAAUCAUGGAUGCAGUGUAUCUGAUUCAAAGCAGAACUCAGUGGGUCGAGGUUUCAAUAAGAACGGCGGUGGUGUAUACGCCGUUCGCUGGGAAAAGUUGACAGGUAUUCAAAUUUGGUUCUUCCCUCGACGUUCGAUUCCAAAAGAUAUCAAGUCUGGUAAACUCACAUUCAAGAAUUGGGGUCGCCCUACCGCUGACUUUCCAUUUGGAAAUAGCUGUCGGCAUGAAGCAUUCAAAAAUAUGAGAAUAGUCCUUGAUCUUACUUUUUGUGGUGAUUUGGCUGGUAUUCCAAGCAUUUCUUCAAGUUACCACUGCCCCUUAGACUGCAAAUCAUAUGUGAAGAAUAAUCCUCAUAGCUUCAAUGCUGCUUUUUGGGAUAUUAAUUCAUUAAAAGUAUAUCAGAAAUAG